AUGGUGUUUCUGAUUAUGGUUUUGCAAGUUUCUUCAUCAUGGGGUUGGUUUUUCUCUUCAAAUAAGGAGAGUAACAAUGCAAAAGGGACACCGCUAGGGGAGAAUAUGAUGUUUUCUAAAGAUUCCGUUGCUGAAUUCUCCAUGGAACCAUUUAACAACCAAAGAGGAACCAAGCUUGUUGAAAAUGCUAGGAACAAGAUGAUUGCGGCCGCGCCUAGUUCAUGCUGGCAAAAAGCUUACCAAAGUUUGUUUACUGGAUGUUCAAGAAGCCUUGCCGAUGAAGAGUCUAGGAAUAGAUUUGCCUGGCAUCUUACUGAGUGCUUUUUGAAACACUCCGGAAGGUCUCCAUUGCCUUAUUGUGAUAAAGCAUCAUUGGUGGAGAAAUGUCUUAAACAAGUGGAUCAAGAUGCUGUCAAAAUUUACCUUGAGUAUCAUCUUGAAACCAAUUCAAUUUGCCAUCAAUUGCAAAUUGAAGCAUUCAGGCAUCAAACGGAGAGGCUGGUAAAUGAGUUGAAAAAAUCAGCUGAAUAUGCAGAGGAAAAGUUGGAAAGCAUAGAGGAGAGAGGCGAGCUACUGCUGCAAAGUUCCAAAAAUGUUCAUGAUGCAUUGACUAAUGUUGAUCUAAGAACUCAACAAUUGGCUGAAGCCUCAAAGGACGUGGAGAAUCAUGUAAAUCUUGUGCUCAAUUAUUCCAAAGCAGUUCACGAGCAGUCUUUGGCAAUUGCGGCUUCUCAGGCAGAGUUGAGCCAUGAUCAAGUAAAGAUGAAAGAGAGUCUUGAUGAGGGAAUGGCAAUGCUUCAUGAUUCUUAUACUAAUUUAGGGCGAGAGAUCACUAACUUAAGAGAUGAAGCUGUUGAAAUAGAGAAGGAGAUUAGUAGAGUAGGAGAUGAAAUGUCCUCUAAGAUGAAUACUCUACAGACUAAAGCUGAUGAUAUUGGUAAUAUGGCAGAAAGUUCUAUAGAAAAGCAAAAACAACUUUUAGAUGGACAAUCCAUGGCUCUCAGCGGGCUUCAUCUUCUCACAGAGACUCAGUCCAAGGCACUUGAAGAGAGCAGGGGAACUUUGGAAAAGUUGGCAGAAUUUGGGCAUAGACAGCAGGACGAGCUGCUUCAGCGGCAAAAACAGCUUCAACAAGCUCAUGACCACCUUGUUGCGAAUUCAAAGACGAUAUUAGCAGCCCAGGAAGCUUUUGAAUCAAAGCAAGCAAGCAUGUUCCUUGCCUUAGAUAAACUUUUCGCCUUGCACAACGCCAUGCUACUGGAAUCACGAAUGAUUAAAGCUUUUGUGGUUUAUACGUUAUCCUUCUUUCUUCUUUACAUGCUCACAAGCACAAAACAGACAUACAAUGUGAGGCACAGGGUUUAUAUAGGUUUGAGCAUCACAUUAUUGAUUGAAUUACUGAUAAUCCGUUGGACAUCAUAUGAUAUUGAAAAGCAAGGAGAGAUGAUAUUUCUGAUUAGAUUCCUCUCCGGGGCUCUAGUGCUAUUUCAACUCGGAUGUGCCAUCUACACUUACAGAGACUUUGAAGUGCUGAACCAUCAAAUGCUUUUAUCACUGAUGGAGAAGGUCAAUUGGAUGCAAAAAGAGAGAGAAUUAUCAUGGGACACGGAUGCUGAUAGUGAGGUGGGUUGGUCUUCAUGGGUCGACACUGAUUUACCUGAUGAUGUAGACAGAUUGCAGGACCCUGACUACGUAUGUCGUGAAGAGGUCGGAGAAAAUUCAGUGGAAACAACUUCAAUUACAAAGAGAUACAACCUCCGCAGUCGCCGUUAGAAGUGGCA